AUGCAUGUCUUUGCAUGGGAGGUGGCAGAACACGAGAAAGGCGCAGUACUAUCACUGGCCAGGACCUGGUGGGGUUUUGCGGAGAACGCACCCAAGGUCCUGAAGACUGUCCGUCUCAACGGCCUGGUGCCUUUGCAGACAGACAGACCCGGACCCCCUCGGCCGAGCACGAGCGCGAGCACGAGAGUUUUCGACGACAGGCCAGGGCCAAGCGAGGCUUUGGCUUCCGAGCCCAUCACUGACAUCGGCUUCGAGGUCCUGCGCGCAGCUGCGAGAGGGUCUGGCAGCCACAUGCAAGGCGCAAGCCAGCGCAGCCCCACGACCGUCGAAGGAGGCUUCGUCAGAGCUGUGAAGCCGCUGCCGGGCUCUUGCAAGAUCUUCCGCUUGCGGCCAGGCAUGUCUGCCGGACAGCCCAGUCGCCACUACGGCACCUGGCUGCGGCAGAGUGUAAGCCAUGGCGAGGAGUAG